UCGGUUCAAUUAGACGCUCACAUAUGACAUCAUGGAUCAGUGGAUGAUGGCACUCGCUCUGUUUAUAAUACUGCUCGUUUUGCUCUACAAGUGGUCGGUGGCCAAAUAUGGUGUGUUCAGUGAAAGGGGCGUGGCACAUGAGAGGCCAUGGCCUCUAAUUGGCAACAUUCCGCUCAAGGGCAUGAUCGGUGGUAUUCCAGUUCUAAAGAAAAUGAUCGAAUUGCAUGCGAAACACUCGGGAUCCCCGGUAUAUGGUAUCUACGCCCUUCGAGAUGCCGUCUUCUUCGUUCGAGACCCUGAGCUCAUCAAGCUCAUCGGCAUCAAGGAGUUCGACCACUUCGUUAAUCACAAUAGCAUGCACAACAAUAUACAGGAGUCGAUACUCUCGAAAAGUCUCAUUUCGCUGCGCGAUGGUCGAUGGAAGGAGAUGCGCAAUAUCCUGACACCCGCAUUUACGGGUAGCAAAAUGCGGAUAAUGUACGACCUGAUCCAAUCGUGCAGCGAGGAGGGCGUCAUCCACAUACAGGAGCAGUUGGAGCUGUCGCAGGACGGGAGCAUCGAACUGGAAAUGAAGGAUUACUUCACGCGAUUCGCCAACGAUGUGAUUGCUACGGUGGCCUUCGGCAUCAGCAUCAACUCGUUCAGGCGCAAAGAUAACGAGUUCUUUCGCAUCGGACAGGCCAUGUCCAGGAUUAGCGCCUGGUCGGUGUUCAAGGCCAUGCUCUACGCCCUCUUUCCACGCCUGAUGAAGGUUCUCCGCAUCCAGGUGCUGGACACCAAGAACAUUGAUUACUUCAGCAGCCUGGUCACCGCGGCGAUGAGGUACCGUCAGGAGCACAAAGUGGUGAGGCCGGAUAUGAUCCACCUGAUGAUGGAGGCCAAGCAGCAAAGGUUGGCCGAUCUGAGGGAUAAGUCGAAGGAUGAGCUAUACUAUUCCGAAUUCACCGACGAUGACCUGUUAGCCCAGUGUCUGCUAUUCUUCUUUGCCGGCUUUGAGAUUAUCUCGUCGUCCUUGUGCUUCAUCACCUAUGAGCUCUGCCUGAAUCCUACGGUGCAGAACAGGUUGUAUGAGGAGGUCCUCUCCGUGCACGAAGAGCUGAAUGGUCAACCCCUGACCUAUGACAAGCUGACCAAGAUGAAGUACCUGGACAUGGUGGUACUCGAAGCACUGCGUAAAUGGCCGCCAUCGAUUUCCACCGAUCGUGAGUGCAGUCAGGAUAUUGAUUUGUUCGAUGAAAAUGGUCAGAAGUUGUUCUCCGCCCGAAAGGGUGAUGUCCUGCAAAUACCAAUUUUCUCGCUCCAUCACGAUCCCGAGAACUUCGAGGAUCCGGAGUUCUUCAACCCGGAGCGUUUUGCCGAGGGUCAUGCUCUGGAGUCCCGUGUUUACAUGCCCUUCGGAGUGGGUCCUCGCAACUGCAUUGGCAAUCGAAUGGCACUGAUGGAGCUGAAAUCCAUAGUAUACCAGUUGCUUUUAAAUUUCACACUAUUGCCAGCUGAAAGGACAUCCCGCGAUUUGCUGAACGACAUAAGGGGUCAUGGUUUGAAGCCGAGGAAUGGCUUCUGGCUGAAGUUUGAGGCACGUCAAUAA